CACCAAGCUUGCUUCUGCAUCAAGUCUGCUUGUUAUCCCUGGCGCUAUGCAGCGUCCCUUGCCUCAAUCGCCCGGUUGGAUAUCUUUUUUGAGCUGCUAAAGCUCCCGUAACACCCCCAGUCCUUGAUUGCUCUCCUCCUCAACCUCGACCUCUCCGCCUCCUGUCUGCUUGAUCGUCGCUAAACCGAUUUCUCUGCGAAUCAGGUGUCGCACACCGAGACCAUGUCAACGGGCGCUCCUGUGUCCAGUGUGGAUACAAUUGCUUCCGCAUUAUCGACACAGGGACAUUAUAAGCCCACUCCUAGUCGUGGUCAUUCACGCUCCAAACGCUGGUCGCAGGGGCCGAUCUCCUAUUCCGCCUCUGAUGCUGCUUCCACUCAACAACCGUCGCAGCCAUUGACUGGACCGACAUACGUUAACGGGAAUGCAUCUAGCUCGUGGCAUGGACACCAACAUUCACACUCACACUCUUCAAGUCAUGGCGAACCGUGGGGCAAGUCCGACCACGCCAAUGGUCUUCACUCACACACAUCGAAACAUAGCCAUUCUGGUAGCGUAACGGGGCUGGUACCAGAUACGCCUAUCACUUUGUCAAACCCCGAGCUAUUGAGGACUCAUGAAAUGUUCGCCGGAGCCCUAAUGGCUAUGCCAUGGAUUGCCAUUUCGUGGUAUUAUACACACCAUGCACAAUGGACGGAUUCGCAACCGGCAACUGAUGGUGAAAAUAUCGCAUCUUCAGACACAGGGCAUUUAGAUCACAUUCUGUUGAGGACAUGUAUCUUGACCGCCAUAACAAUGAUCGUAUUGGGAGGAGGGCAACUACUUCGAGUAGCCCAACUGGAUAGAAGUGCUUCACUAGUCGCAUUACCCAAACUCCAUCCGAAAAAUGUUACCGCUUCCUUUGUGCAAAUGUGCUCAAUUGCACUACCUAUCUAUGCAGCGCUCAAGGUGGGGGGAUUCCUUGUCGCAUUUGUACUUGCUCUGGCAAUAGCGUCCGGGGUACCGGCAAUUGCACGAGGCUAUGAUCCUCAAGACAUCAAAGGACGGCUGAGUCAAAAGAAACUGACCAUUGGUAUCGUCGUGACUGUGGUCGUGUCGAGCUUUUUGGGAAUGAAUACGUCUUGGGACGCAGACCCCUUUUUGGGCUAUGUAUCAUUGCUUGUCUCGGUUUUUGUCAUUCGCCCGCCUUUCUUGGCCUUCACACUUGGCCCUGCCUAUGACCCAGCAGUAUCCCAGGAGAAACAUUCGAGAACGGAAUCAUUUGAUGUUUCGCCCAGCGACCCCUUGCUUACUGCUUUUCUUGGGUUGCUCCUAGCAGUUGGCACGGCUGUUGUCGGGGGCUUAUCUUUCCAUUUUCCGGAUAUGAUGUAUGUAUUCGCAGCUGGUGGUGGUUUUGCAGCAUGCUUAAUGUAUGUGGCACCGGUAAACUUACGCUCGCCGCACAAGAUUGGUCUUGCCAUUGCAACUGGUGGCGCCGCCCUGCUAUGUGCACCACCACCGCGCGAUGGUGUUUAUGUGGUUUUUCUUUUCCGUGGUAUCCUUGCUGGGAUCGCGGUUCUCGCCUCUAGGUUUGAGGAUAGACAGUUGCGCUCGGUGAUGCAAGCCCAUAAUCAUCAUCAUCAUCACCACACUCACUCCAACGAUAAUGCGUCACACAUCACGAAGCUCAUCAUUCACUAUAGUGAACCAUAUCCACUACUGUACAGCAUUCUGAAGGAGAGUGACUCUCGUCGCAUUUUCUAUUUUAUGACUCUUAAUUUUGCGUUUAUGCUCGUUCAGCUCUCCUACGGAUUUAUCACAGGUUCAUUGGGACUCCUCAGUGAUAGCAUCCAUAUGUUCUUUGACUGUCUCGCUCUUGUUGUUGGCCUCUGCGCCGCCGUUAUGAGUAAAUGGCCACCCAGUGCAAGAUUUCCCUAUGGAUAUGGCAAAGUAGACACACUGUCUGGGUUUGCUAAUGGCAUUUUCCUCAUGAUCAUCAGUAUCGAGAUCAUCUACGAAGCGGUAGAGAGGCUAUCAUCGGGCAGUCAGAUGCACCGUAUCGGAGAGCUCUUGGUGGUCAGUGCUGCCGGACUUGCCGUGAAUCUUGUGGGCAUCAUGGCGUUUGACCAUGCACAUCACGGACAUGACCAUGGCCAUGAUCAUUCACAUGAUAAUGAGAACAUGCACGGGAUCUUUCUCCACAUUCUCGCUGACACCCUUGGUUCCGUCGCCGUUGUGAUAUCGACGAUUCUCGUACACUACUCUGGCUGGUCGGGGUACGACCCCAUUGCCUCCUGCAUGAUUGCUGUCUUGAUUUUUGCGUCUGCAGUGCCGCUAGUCAGCAGCACGGCCAAGAAAUUGCUCCUCACCCUUCCGGCCGACGUCGAGUAUAAUGUCCGUGAGGCGCUAGCUGGCGUGAGCACCUUACGGGGUGUUGUAGGGUACACAGUUCCCAAGUUCUGGCUCGACGAUACGGCAAAAUUAGAUCACGAUCACGGCUGCAGCCAUGGCCAUAGUCAUGGUCACGGUCACAGCCACAGCCACAGCCAUAGCCAUCACGAUCACGAUCAUGGCCACAAUCAUAACCACAGCCACUCGCACUCCCAUUCUCAUUCCCAUUCUCACUCCCACCCUCACUCCCACUCCCACUCCCACUCCCACUCCCACUCCCACUCCCACUCCCACUCCCACUCCCACUCCCACUCUCACUCCCAUGACCAUGACCACGCACACGAAAAGUCCAACUCCAAUGUUCUGGGCGUAAUCCAUGUAAUCGCGUCCCGCGGCUCCGACCUCGAAGACGUGCGCCAACGGACCGUCGAUUUCCUCCGAGAAAAGGGCAUGGAUAUCUUGGUCCAAGUAGAGCGGGAAGGUGACGGACGAUGCUGGUGCGGAGGCGGAGGGAACAAGAGCUCUUAGUCCCACCAUAGACCGUGGCAGUUGGAUUCGUUCUUCUAUUGUCUUGACUGAUGUUACGUAGUACAUAUCAUGACACUAUAGUUGGAUGUAUAUUUGCAAUGAAGCUGUUGAU